AGGAAAUUAUUUGUUGGCAUGUUGAGCAAACAUCAGACCGAAGACAACAUCCGGCAGAUGUUCCAACCAUUCGGAUACAUCGAGGAGUGCACCAUUCUCAGGGAUCAGAACGGAAACAGCAAAGGUUGCGCCUUUGUGAAAUAUUCAAGCGCAUCAGAGGCAUUAUCUGCUAUCAAUUCGUUACAUGGGAGCCAAACCAUGCCGGGAGCCACAUCAAGUUUAGUAGUAAAGCUGGCCGAUACCGAAAACGAGAGAAGGAUGAGGAAGAUUGCCCCCCUACCACUCAAUGUCAUCAACCCCAUCACCAUCACCCCGUACACACCACUCGCCUACAAUGCACCCUUUCUGCCUGCAGUGAAAUGGUCAUACGUAGACAGCACAAAUAUAUUGAUUUUCCAACCACCACAAACCCCCCAACAGAUACUCCCUCCUGGUCAGCCUCUCGCCAACGGAACAUUCAUCUCCCCCAUCAUCAGUCCGCCCAUGCCACAACCAAUCAUAACAAGUCUUCACAGCAACGUCAGCACUCUGAGCACCGCCCACAACAUCAACGCCAGCAACAACAACAGCAGCGGCAACAACAACAAUAGCAACAAUUUCAAUUUCUCCAGUGCUAACCAUAAUUCAGGUAGUUGUGUGCUUGAAAAAUCUGCUUUCCCUGGUCUCACACCAUACAGCAAUUUAGCUUAUCCUGCCAACAUAGCUCAUUUUCAGUUAACACAUCACACAACAUCAAUGCUUCCAACUGCUCAGAAAGAAGGUCCAGAGGGUUGCAACCUGUUCAUAUACCACCUGCCCCAAGAAUUUGGUGAUCACGACCUCGCUCAAAUGUUCAUGGGCUUCGGCAAUGUUAUCAGUUCAAAAGUCUACAUUGAUAGGGCCACCAACCAGAGCAAAUGUUUUGGAUUUGUAAGCUAUGACAAUCAGGUGAGCGCUCAAAAUGCAAUCCAAGCCAUGAAUGGCUUCCAAAUUGGCAUGAAAAGACUGAAAGUGCAGCUGAAAAGACCCAAAGACCUCAACAACAGACAACAAUGA